GCCGUUUAACGGUAGCGUGAGACGCAAGGCGAGCGGGCGCGCAACGUGUCAAGAGAAAUUCCUUUUUCUGAUUCACGCUAAGAGCUUUUUAUUUGAGGUCAUAGUUUAAAAUUGGCGUAUUAUUAGUUAAUUUUUGAAAAAAACUGCAGACUGUGAAACCUACACCGCAAUGAACACCAAUCUAACUUCGAAGGAGAUACGGAAUCUCUACAUCGACUUCUUCAAGGAAAAAGGUCACACGUACGUUCAUUCAUCUUCGACGAUCCCUCUGGACGAUCCGACGUUGCUUUUCACCAACGCGGGCAUGAACCAGUUCAAGCCUAUUUUCCUCGACACCGCUCUUCCGAAUAGUGAUUUGGCUAAAUUGGUGCGCGCCGUCAACACCCAGAAGUGCAUCCGGGCCGGGGGCAAACACAACGACUUGGACGAUGUCGGCAAGGACGUGUACCAUCACACAUUUUUUGAGAUGUUGGGCAACUGGUCGUUCGGCGACUACUUUAAGAAGGAGAUGUGCGCGUGGGCGUGGGAAUUUCUAACGGAAAAGCUGAAGUUACCCGCAGACAGGUUGUAUGUUACAUAUUUUAGAGGGGACCCGUGGGCCAAGCUCGAACCUGACGAGGAAUGCAAACAGAUAUGGUUAAGCCUGGGAGUGAAACCAACGCACGUGUUGCCGGGAGCUAUGAGAGUCAAUUUUUGGGAGAUGGGCGAGACGGGACCUUGCGGUCCCUGUUCAGAAUUACAUUAUGACAGGAUAGGCGGAAGAGAGGUGCCGGAUCUGGUCAACAGGGACAAUCCAGACGUGCUUGAAAUAUGGAACCUUGUGUUCAUCCAGUACAACAGGGAACCGGACAAAACAUUGAAACCGCUACCCAAAAAGCACAUCGAUUGCGGUCUGGGCCUGGAGCGGUUGGUGUCUGUCGUGCAAAACAAACGGUCUAAUUACGACACGGACUUGUUCGUACCGAUUUUCGAGGCGAUCGAAAAGGGCACGGGGGCGCCGCCCUACCGCGGACGCGUCGGCUACCACGACCCGGACAAAAUCGACAUGGCGUACAGGGUGUUGGCCGACCACGCGAGGACACUAACCAUCGCCUUAUCGGACGGCGGUUAUCCGGACAACACCGGAAGGGGUUACGUCCUGAGACGUAUAUUGAGGCGGGGCGUGCGCUACGCCAUCGAAAAACUCGACGCGAAACCGGGCUUCUUCAGUAGCCUCGUUUGUACGGUGAUCGAAAUUUUGGGCGACACCUUCCCCGAGCUAAAGAAAGAUCCGCAACGCGUCAUGGACAUCAUCGACGAGGAGGAACGGCAGUUCUUGAAGACGCUGUCCAGGGGGCGUAGGUUGCUCAACGCGGUCAUCAAGAAGCCUAACUGCAGAGUGUCCGGUCAGCUCGCGUGGCGCCUCUACGACACCUACGGCUUCCCCGUCGACCUGGUGCAGCUCAUGGCGCAGGAGAAGGGCUGUCGCGUCGACAUGGCGGCGUUCGCGGAGGAGCAGAAGAUGGCGCAGCAACGCUCGCGGGCGAGAGGCGUGGGCGUGCCCGACACGACUGACCUCGACGUCUACGCGAUAAACAAGCUUAAAAAUGACGACAUCCCGCCCACCGACGACUCGCCCAAAUACGCGUACGAGGCGAACGACGCCGGAUACAACUUCAAGGAGUGCGUCGCGACGGUCAUAGCCUUGCGUCAAGACGGCGUGUUCGUCCAGGCGGCGAUGGUAAACGACGAUUGCGGCGUGUUAUUGAACCGGACCAACUUUUACGCGGAGCAGGGCGGUCAGAUCUACGAUACGGGGUAUAUGGUCAAGGUCAACGACCCUGGCACCGAGUUCGCCGUCAAGAACGUCCAGGUGCGCGGCGGCUACGUCGUCCACGUGGGAAACGUCUUCGGCGUACUGAAAACCGGCGACAGGGUCAGUUUGCACGUGGACACCGCGAGGCGGCGCUCGAUCAUGAGCAACCACACCGGCACGCACGUGCUCAACUUCGCGCUGAGGAAGGUGCUCGGCCCCGACGUCGACCAACGGGGCUCCCUCGUCGCCCCCGAACGAUUCAGGUUCGAUUUUACCAACAAGGGCGCGAUGCAAGUCGACCAAGUCAAGGGGGUGGAGCUGGCGUCGCGGCAGGUGAUCGCCCAGGACCACCAGGUGUACACCAAGGACGUCAACUUGGGCGAGGCGACGCUCAUAACGGGGCUACGCGCGGUUUUCGGCGAAACUUACCCCGAUCCCGUGAGGGUAGUGUCGGUUGGCGUGCCCGUCGAAGACCUGCAAAAAGAUCCGUUCAAUCUCGCGUGGGACGAGUACUCGAUAGAGUUCUGCGGCGGCACCCACGUGCACCGUACCGCACACAUCGGCGACUUCGUCAUCACUAGCGAGGAAGCGGUAGCGAAGGGCAUCCGCAGGAUUGUGGCAGUGACGGGUGCGGAGGCGACCCAAGCCCUCGCGACCACCGAACAGUUCGAGAAAAGGGUAGAGAGCCUCCGCCUUCAAAUCGCUUGCGACCCUAACGGCGCAGACUCGAAGGACCACGUAAAAAAAAUCGUCGAGCUGAGCGACGAGAUCUCGCACGCCAUCAUCUCCUAUUGGAAGAGGGAGGAGAUGUGUUCCGCCCUCAAAAAACUCAAACUCAACUUGGACCAGCGCGAGCGCUCCGACAAGGCGGAAGUCGCCACCAGAGUGCUGGACCGCGUCAAGGAGCUGCUCGAAGCGAAUCCGCUUUACCUCGUCGAAGAGCUGAAGGCUUCGAACAAUACGAAAGCGCUGAGCGCUGCCCUGAAGCACGUCAAGGGGGCGGGGCGGUCGACCUCGGCCGCUCUCUUCGUCUCGGUCGAUACGGACGCGAAGAAGAUGUUCUGUUUGGCGUGGGCGUCGGACGACGCCAUCGCCAAAGGCCUGCGCGCCAACGAGUGGGUGCAAACGGUGUCAGAGAAGAUAGGAGGGCGGGGCGGCGGCAAAGCCGACUCUGCGCAGGCUAGCGGCGACUACGCCGUAGACGUGGGCGUGGUCUUACGGUUGGCGGAGGAGUUCGCGCGCGCCAGAGUGUCGGUCUGAGGCCUUAUUUUUGUAAGUUCACAUUUUUAUGUUCAAUAAAGCGUUUUCAUUUGA